UUCUAAAAUUAUUGACAAAUUUAUAUUUUUAAUAACACAAUGUCUUAUAUGCUAUCGCAUCUUCACAACGGAUGGCAAGUGGACCAAGCAAUAUUAUCUGAAGAAGAUAGAGUAGUUGUUAUUAGAUUCGGACAUGAUUGGGAUCCAAUGUGUAUGAAGAUGGAUGAAGUUCUUUAUAACAUUGCUGAAAAGGUUAAAAACUUUGCCGUCAUUUAUUUAGUUGAUAUUACACAAGUACCUGAUUUUAAUAAAAUGUAUGAAUUAUAUGAUCCAUGUACAGUCAUGUUUUUCUUUAGAAACAAGCAUAUAAUGAUUGAUUUAGGAACAGGAAAUAAUAAUAAAAUAAAUUGGACACUAGAAGAUAAACAAGAAAUGAUUGACAUUAUUGAAACAGUUUAUAGGGGUGCUAGAAAAGGAAGAGGUUUAGUUGUCUCACCCAAAGAUUAUUCUACAAAAUAUCGUUAUUAAUUUAUUGAAA